CGAGAGCCGCGGCAUGGUCAGACUAAACAUAUGUUCCGGGAAGAAUGGCUGCGAUUUCGCGUCGGUAAAAAUAGCAAAUACUCGUUAAUGUGCUGCGGGAAAUCCUCCUCCCCGGCCCCAAAGUGAGCAAAUGUACGCGCUGCAAGAUAGUCGCCGCAGAACGAACGAUAGUGACCGAAGCGCCUAAAUCAAAGUACCAGCCGCCCCGCAAUUACGAUGAGUGUGUCGCGCGGCGGCAACACAACGCUGGACCUGCAGCCUCUACUGGCGGACAGCGAUGACAACAGGGAGCAUGAGGAGAAGGCCGGAGGAUCUGUGGGAGUGACGCUACUCAAUGGGUCUGGCUCCAAGGAGCUGGGCCACCGGGAGCGCGAGGAUUCGUCAGUGUUCGUCAAGAAGAUUGGCAGCGCCCUGUUCUACGGCAUAUCCUCGUUCAUGAUCACGGUGGUGAACAAGACUGUGCUGACCUCCUACCACUUCCCCUCGUUCCUGUUCCUCAGCCUGGGUCAACUGACCGCCAGCAUUGUGGUCCUGGGCAUGGGAAAGCGCCUGAAAUUGGUCUCCUUUCCGCCCCUACAAAGAAACACCUUUGCCAAGAUUUUCCCGCUGCCGCUGAUAUUUUUGGGAAACAUGAUGUUCGGCCUGGGUGGCACCAAAACUCUAAGUCUGCCCAUGUUUGCGGCCCUGCGACGCUUCUCCAUCCUGAUGACCAUGCUGCUGGAGCUCAAGAUUCUGGGACUAAAGCCCUCAACGGCGGUCCAAGUCAGCGUAUACGCCAUGAUUGGUGGAGCCCUGGUGGCCGCCUCCGAUGACUUGUCGUUCAACAUGAGGGGCUACAUAUACGUGAUGAUCACCAACGCCUUGACCGCCUCAAAUGGGGUGUAUGUAAAAAAGAAACUGGACACCUCGGAGAUCGGAAAGUACGGCCUGAUGUACUACAACUCGCUGUUUAUGUUCCUUCCUGCUUUGGCCCUGAAUUAUGCGACGGGGGAUCUGGAGCAGGCGAUGAACUUUGGGCAAUGGAAUGACUCGGUGUUUGUGCUGCAGUUCCUGCUUAGCUGCGUCAUGGGCUUCAUCCUGUCGUACAGCACCAUACUGUGCACGCAGUUCAACUCGGCGCUGACCACCACCAUUGUGGGCUGCCUGAAGAACAUCUGCGUGACCUAUCUGGGCAUGUUCAUUGGCGGGGACUAUGUCUUCUCGUGGCUCAACUGCAUCGGGAUCAACAUCAGCGUGCUGGCGAGUUUGCUGUACACGUACGUCACUUUUCGACGGAAGCGGGCGCCUGAUAAGCAGACCCACUUGCCCAGCACCCGCGGCGAGAAUGUCUAGCUUCGUCUUAGUUCAAACUCAAGCCAAAGCCAUACGAUAUGUUUAGCGUAUUCUGUACUACGUACUUCGUUCUGCGAUCUGCGACUUCGUAUUCGAUUUCCUAUAGCAACACAGCGCAUCGUCUCUGUACAUAAAUCUAGCUAUGUAUCUAAUGAGUGUAAUUUAGCAAUUAUGUAAUUUUAAUCACUUUGUACAUUUGUCCGCAUGCAACUGUUUCCCGCAUCGAAAGUGUCAUAAGUAAUAUAAAUACACAGACAUCCAGCUCCUCCUCCGCAAUGGGUGGGCCAGAUAACCGAA